CUGACGUCAUAAAGUCUUUCCUUCCGCUGCCGGUAGAGUGAACGUGAACUGCUGAGAAGAAAAAGCAGAAGUGGCAAUAACGUCGAAACGAGCACAGUUUGGUUUUUUAUGACACAGCCACAGCCGAGAAAAAUACAUUUUCAAGUCCAGGAACUGUGAAAGCCAACCGACUCAAGCAGGUGACCAACGAUGGCUGUGAACGUGUACUCAACCUCAGUGACCAGUGACAACCUAAGUCGUCACGACAUGCUGGUCUGGAUCAAUGAGUCUCUACAGAUGAACCUCACCAAGAUUGAAAUGUUGUGUUCAGGUGCUGCCUACUGCCAGUUCAUGGACAUGCUGUUCCCCAACUCUGUGCCUCUGAAGAAAGUUAAAUUUGGUGCCAAACUGGAGCACGAGUACAUCCAUAACUUCAAGCUCCUGCAGGUUUCCUUCAAAAAGAUGGGAGUCGACAAAAUCAUUCCAGUAGACAAACUGGUGAAGGGGAAGUUCCAGGACAACUUUGAGUUUGUCCAGUGGUUUAAGAAGUUCUUUGACGCCAACUACGACGGAAAGGACUACGACCCAGUGGAGGCGAGACAGGGCCAGGACGCCAUGCCCACACCCAACCCGGCCACCUCAGCUUUCAACAAACCCCCUAAAAAGGUUCUCAGUCAAGCUCCUCAGAGGCCACCUGUUGCCAAGGUAGCACCCAAGAUGGCUCCUGGUAGCGCGAGGAAGCCCGGUAUGGGAGGAGCCGACGAGGAGAGGGCAGAGCUCCUGAACGAGAUGGAGGUUCUGAAAUCUACCAUUCAGGACAUCGAGAAGGAGAGAGACUUUUAUUUCGGUAAGCUGCGGAACAUUGAGUUGAUUUGUCAGGAGAAGGAAGGCGAAGGCGACCCGACGCUGCAGAGGAUCGUAGACAUCCUCUACGCCACAGAUGAGGGGUUCGUGAUACCGGACGCUGAGGAGCAGGAGGAGUUUUAAUAUUCAAGACUGCAAGCAACCUUCACUUAGAUGCCCUGGUCUACAAACCCUGGUUUCACUUCCACACCUCGAGAUCCUUCCUCAAGCCAAGAAGCCUGUUUGGUUUUAUAUCCAACACCAAACCCGAUUUCGACUUGUGGUCCCCCCCCAUCCCUGCCCCUCCCCCUCCUCCCCCAACCUUCUCCUGAACCCUAACCCAACCUGCUGGACUUCUUCUUCUUCUUCUUCCUCUUCUUCUUCUUCUUCUUCUAGCCUUGAACCGCCAAACAGCACAGCUCCUUCUUUCCUAAACAUGACGUCUUUACCAAUAAUCAACAAAGCCUCGGUCACUACUGCAUCUUCUUCCUUCACACCUGUCAGUCUGCCAGACCCCCCCCCCCCAGUUACCCCACCCCCCCCAAUCGCCCCUCCCCCUCCCCACCUGUAAUCCCAUCCUUCCCAAAACCAGAUGGUGUCACAUGCAGAACAUAUCUGGUUUUUGUAAUGGACUUCAGUGUGAAAAACACGGUGAUGUUCUGUGUGUGUGUGUGUGUGUGAGUGUGUGUGUGUGAGAGUGUGUAUACAUAUGUGUGUGUGUGUGCGUGUGUGUGUUGUAUGUGUUUAAAAGAUCAAUUUGAAAUAAAUCAAACGUGACGAACCUCCUCUGAA